AUGUUCAACCGCAUUUCCCAGAUUGCUGCCAUUCUCAUGAUGGUCUCUACUAUUGCGUCAGCAUCUCCUGCGCCCAUUGAAGCACAACUCGCCAACGUCAUCGCUGAAAACCGCAACUCUUCCUGCUUGGGACCUGAUGGAUGCUCAGGGCGGCCCAUCGUCAGCCCCGACGAUUCGGUCCAGUCGUCGGGCGCGUCUUUUGCAUUCAUCACCUCCCCCAGCAUCAUCGUCGUCGCAGUUGCGGCUGCCGGUCUGCUGUAA